AUGAGUGAAGAGUCGGAUCGGGAGAAAGAAAAGAUUGAAGAAGAAAUUGAGGAAGAAACUGAGGAAGAAACUGAGGAAGAAACUGAGGAAGAAACUGAAGAAGAAACUGAAGAGAAGACGGAGAAAGAAGCUAAUAAUAGCAUUAAUAGACCAAAUAUUACUAAUAUUAUUAAUUUGGUCAAAAAUACAAUUUAUAACGCUCUCUGUAAUUAUUUCGAUUCUCCGCCAAAUUCGGUCUUACUUGCGAGUAUUUUAGACCCUAGGUUCAAAAAAAUGAAAGAAUGGCCAGAAGAAGAAAAAAAAAGAGCAAUUGCUUUAUUAAGAUCUGAAUACACCCUUUUUAAAGACGAGGAACAUUUAAAUAAUAGCCAAGAGUCUAGCAAUAAAAAUAGAUAUCAUUUUAAAGGGCAUAAAAAAAAACCAAAUAACAAUUUUAAAUUAC